GCUCGAAUUGACAUACGUCUAUCGUCUAUCGCCUCAGUUCGGGGUUGGUCUCUGCUCGGAGCUAUCGUGUGCGUAAUACACCUGUAGAUAUAUCUAUAUCUGCAAAGGGCUUUGUUUGUGCUUGUGAUUCCUGAUGUAAGAAGAACGAUUUAAAAAUGCCGACAACUGAGAAGCCACCCACCAUACACACGUGCGACAUGGAGCACGUGGACUCACUGAAAAAGUGCCGCAACGCGCUCGCUGCCUACUUCACCAUCGACCUGCCGUGCGCCAUACAACUCAUGGACAUCUGGGCUCGGUCUGGGAAGUGCCACCCGCCGUCGCGCACGCAGCAGGAGUACCAUCCGCCGGUGAUUCCGACCCGCCUCGACCAGGUAUUCGCGCUUGGUGCCACAAUGCGUGGCGUGCGCUCCACCUACUACCAGCAAUGCCGACUGCUGGCCCUCGUCGACCUCUACGAAUCGAUUGACUUCGAUACGAUGAGCGACUUGGGGGCGGACGACAUCAUCAAUGAAGCCUAGUCCGAGCUCGUGCAGGCUGCCGAGUUCCUCGUCGAUAGCACGGAACUCGCCAGAUUCCUGCAAGCAUCGGUUAAAAUUAACCA